AAAAAAGCGAGAGGCGUUCAUGGACCACCACGACUGUCGUUUUUAAAUGGACCCCACCGCGUAUCGCUGGUUUUACUCGAAAGCGAGAGGCGUUCAUGAAAAAUAGCGAGGUAGUUUUUGAACGUAGCAGAGGUUGGUAAAUCCUGUUGUUGCAGCUGGUUGCUAGUUCAUGUCAAGGCCGCCCAGCUAUAGACCCAUCCCCUCUAGUCAGGCAGCGGUUCGAGGCGUCCAGGUUUCCACCCCUCCUCCGCCGACUGGUGUGAGAACAGCACAGCGAGGCACUAAAUCGGGGAAUGGCUCCUGUCGAUUCGGACACGCGUGUUUCGAAAGCGCCGUGUUUUCCGCCUCCAUCGGCCAAGGCUACUUCCUGGUGCCACAGCGAGAGGCAGUGCUGAGUUGAGGAGACACAAAUCUUGAUAGAUAGAGGAGAGGGAGGGAGAGAGCGAGAGAGAAAAAGAGAGAGAGAGAGGGGCCGGAGAUAGCAACGUUUGGCGACAUUCACGGACAUUACAAAAGCCUCCCCUCUCUCUUUUUUAUUUUUAGUUUUUUUUUUUUUUUUUGAAAACACGUCUCGGUCUUCCCCCCUUUCUCUCGGCUGCUUCGUCAACUACCAGUCGGAUUGGAUGACGCUCGGCUGCGGCUAAAAGCGGAAUCGUAACGGGGGACGGAUUCCUCCCUUUCUCGAGAAGCGUUUCAAGAGAUUGUUCUUUUUUAAAUUAUUAUUAUUUAAAAAAAAAACACUCGACCCAUUCCGUCACCAUUUUAAAACCACAUCCCGGGCGUUGUAUUUUCUGUUUUGUCGGCGAAGGAAGGGCUUAUUUUCGGGGGCGACGGAAGAUGGGUUGUUUGGGCAACAGCAAGACUGAAGACCAACGCAUCGACGAGAAGGCUCAGCGAGAGGCGAAUAAAAAGAUCGAGAAACAGUUGCAGAAGGAGCGACAAGCGUACAAAGCCACACACAGGCUCUUAUUACUCGGUGCUGGGGAGUCCGGAAAGAGCACCAUAGUGAAGCAGAUGAGGAUUCUCCACGUCAACGGCUUCAACGCAGAGGAAAAGAAACAGAAAAUCCAGGACAUCCGGAAAAACGUCAAGGAUGCCAUAGUGACGAUAGUGUCGGCGAUGAGCACUUUAAUACCCCCUGUCCCGCUAGCCAACCCAGAGGACCAAUUCAGGAUCGAUUACAUCAAGAGCAUAGCACCUCUCUCUGACUUUGACUACUCACAGGAGUUUUUUGACCAUGCAAAGAAGCUGUGGGACGAUGAAGGGGUAAAGGCGUGCUUCGAGAGGUCCAACGAGUACCAGCUGAUCGACUGCGCACAAUAUUUCCUGGACAGAAUCGACUCGGUAAGACAGAGCGACUACACGCCCACAGACCAGGACCUGCUACGCUGCCGAGUGUUAACUUCAGGGAUUUUUGAGACGAGGUUCCAAGUAGACAAAGUCAACUUUCACAUGUUUGAUGUUGGCGGCCAGCGGGACGAGAGGAGAAAAUGGAUCCAGUGCUUUAACGAUGUCACGGCCAUCAUCUUCGUGGUGGCGAGCAGCAGCUACAACAUGGUAAUAAGGGAAGACAACAACACUAACCGGCUACGAGAAGCUCUCGACCUCUUCCGCAGUAUUUGGAACAACAGGUGGUUACGCACCAUCUCAGUCAUCUUGUUCCUCAACAAGCAGGACAUGCUCGCCGAGAAGGUAUUAGCUGGAAAAUCCAAAAUUGAAGACUACUUCCCCGAAUACGCUCGCUACACCAUACCAAAUGAAGCAACUCCUGAGCCCGGCGAGGACCCGAGAGUGACGAGAGCAAAGUUCUUCAUCCGAGACGAGUUUCUUCGGAUCAGCACGGCGAGCGGCGACGGUCGCCACUACUGCUACCCGCACUUCACCUGCGCCGUGGACACGGAGAACAUCCGGCGGGUGUUCAACGACUGCCGGGACAUCAUCCAGAGAAUGCACCUGCGGCAGUAUGAACUCUUGUGAUGAGACCUCCUCCCGAGGACCAUCAAGUACUACUGAAGUGUGUCAAAUCCUCCUCCUCUUUUUCUUUUUUUCCUUUCACUUUUUGGAUUCCUCUGCGACGAGAAGAUUCGAUUGAUUCCUUUGAUGUUCCCCCCCCCCCCCCCCCCCCCCCUUUUUUUUAAGUUGUAUUUUUUAUUUUAUCAUUCCACUAAGCUUCAGGCUACCUCCUUUUCUUUAUCCCCCCCCGUCUUUUUCGGAUACAUGAAGACACCUAUAGCACCUCAGUGUAGAGUGUGCGUGCGUGCGUUAGCGCCUUCCUCCAUGCGAAUGAAGAGAUAAAUGCACUUUGCUUCAGGUUCCUUUUUUUUUUAGUUUUUUUUCUCGAUGAUGAUUUGGAUUAUUCUCCCCCAAGAGGAACACACAAUGUAGCAUCAAUGCGAUAUUUAUUAACCCCGUCACCACUUUUUUGGGGGGGGAUUUAAAACAAACAAAACAAAAAAACACUUUGUGGACCGAGAGAAAAGAGAGACGGGGCGCACGAUAAUGAAAAUGUACGGCAAGCCGGAAGGAUUUUCCCCCAAAAGGAGCAACUGCUGCUGCUGCUGCUGCUGCGUGCACUUUAGCCCUGCCGCCUCAACAGACUCGGACCCCCAACCCACCACACACACACACACACACACACACACACACACACACACCAUCUUUUUACCUGCGGGGAGGGGAGAUAAGUGUAUUAUUUUUUUCCUUUUUCUUUUUUUUCUUGUACACUGUGCAAGGUGGAAUUAUCCUGUACAGACUGUAAAGUGUAAUAUUAUUUUGUACAAGUUCAAUUGAAAAGAAAAACAAAUCUACUUGUAGAUCUUUGUGCCUUGAUUAUGGCUGUACCUGUAAAAAAAAAAAACAACAAAAAAACACAACAACAAAAACAAAACGAGCUCAGAUGUAAGUAAUGUUUUUUCGACCGCGCUGUACAGCUUGAUGUCAAAAACUUUUUUUUCUUUUGUUUUUGUUCUUUUUUUCGUCGGCAGCAAAACCUGGGAGACUGCGCGGAAUGGGGUGGGGGAACUUUCUCUGUAGAGUUUAGGUUUUUUUCUGGUUUAUAAAAAAAUCUAAAUAAACUGCUGUUUAUUUAAAAAAGAAAUAAAAACAAACAAGGGAAAGAAUCCUAAAAAUAUACAUUAUGCAAAUUAACCACUUACCUGCAGUGAGGACCACGUUGCAGCACCAUUGCCUUUUUUGCAGUUUUUUUUUUUUUUUUUUUUUUUGAGGGAUUUUUAUUCUGCCCUCCUGUUUAAAUUGUAAUAUUAUUAUUUUUAUUUUAUUUUAACAGCUUUAAAACACACAUUGGAAAUCCAUUGAAAGUGUCCAAAUUGCAACCUGGUGUUGUUUUCAUAGGAACUAACAUUAUUUCUGUUUUUAUUUUCUUUUUUUAAGUGCGUGCGAGAUCUUGUGUACAUAGACACACACAUGCAUUGUGUGUGCGUGCGUGUAUGAAUGUGCGGGAAAAAUAAUUUUAUAAAUGUAUGUACAUGUAAAUUUAUAAGUCUAUAUAAAUAUAUAUGUACAAUUAUACAUGUUUAAUUGUGUGUGCCUAGGUGUACAUACCUAUGUAUGUAUACGCUAAAUAUGUAUACAUACACACAUAGGAAAGCAUGUCUAGAAUGGAGCUGAAUAAAUGAGCGUGUGCAAUAUUGGUCAUGUUUGGGGGGGGGGCUAAUGGGGGGGGGGGGGUCCUUUGGGAGCCAUAUGCGAUAUAGGCACAGGCACUAUGAAUGUGUGAGCAGCACCCAACAAGACGAGCUCUUCUUGUACAAAAAAAACCCCCAACAAGUCAGCAUCAGCCUUUUCUUCUGCUACACUACACAUACACGUCUUCUCCCCCUGCCCCUCCCCUCCCCACCCACACAGACACACACACACAGUCGACUUGGACUGCAGGGGCCGACGCCUCGCUCGAGCCCGGGGAGGAUGAUGAAAUGACAUUUUUAUUUUUCUUUAAAUAAAGAGGCACAUUAGAGGA